AUGAGCGCUGCCGCCGCCAAGCCGAUACUUUACAGCUAUUUCCGAAGUUCCUGUUCUUGGAGAGUGCGAAUUGCACUGGCUCUGAAAGGAAUUUCCUAUGACCUGGUCCCAGUGAACCUCAUUAAGGAUGGAGGACAGCAGUUUUCUGCUGAAUUCAAAGCACUGAAUCCAAUGCAGCAAGUCCCAGCCUUGAAAAUUGAUGGCAUUACCAUUUCUCAAUCACUAGCUAUAAUUAAUUACCUGGAAGAGACACAUCCUAACCCCAGGCUCCUGCCCCAAGAUCCAAAGAAGAGAGCCCAAGUCAGAAUGAUCGCUGAUCACAUUGUCUCUGGCAUUCAACCACUCCAGAACCUGAGUGUCCUGAAACAAAUGGGGGAGAAAAAAAUGGAAUGGGCUCAGAACUGUAUCACAUCUGGCUUUCAAGCACUGGAGCAAAUUCUGCAGCACACUGCUGGAUGCUACUGUGUUGGGGAUGAAGUUUCCAUGGCUGAUCUGUGUUUAGUGCCUCAAGUUGCCAAUGCUGAAAGAUUCAAAGUGGACAUGGGUCCAUAUCCCACAAUAACCAGAAUAAAUAAAGCCCUCUUGGAGUUAGAGGCCUUCAAAAUAAGCCACCCUUCUCGGCAGCCAGAUACUCCUGCAGAGCUGCGAGCUUGAAGCCUUUCUACUCAUUAAAUCUAGAAAGCUGGCAUGAUG